CUCGUCUAUACAUGAGUUUGGUGGACCACAUCCAGUGUAAUUCAAUGGAAGUCUGCUAUAACCCUUGCGAGUCUGUAUUGCUAUCAUUAUCAUCAUCGUCUAGUACUGAUGCAAAGUCUUUCCACCAAGAUUUGACAAUGCCAGGGAUGGGAGGACACAACAUGAUGAUUCUUCGCGGCUUGAUUCUAUACAUUGUUUGCAGAAAGGCGUGUAUCUAUAAUCCCACCACCAGACAAUGCGUAACCUUACCCGCCGUCAAAUCCAACAUUUUUGCUCAAGAAGACUAUCGUAAGAGUGUCCUCUACUUUUUAGGACACGAUCCUGUUCUUGAUCAAUACAAAGUAGUUUGCACUGUUGCAGUAUCCUCAAAAAGGUUUAAGAGGAUAACCUCAGAGCAUUGGGUCUUCGUCCUAGAACCCGGAGGUUCGUGGAAAAGAAUUGAGUUUGAUCUACCUCAUUGUCCUGCACGACUAGGACUGUGCAUCAACGGAGUCAUAUAUUUUUUGGCUUCCGCUUGUAUGUCUAGCGAUAUCCUUGUCAGUUUUGAUGUUAUGUCUGAAGAGUUCAAAUGGAUCCAAGGACCUCCUGUCGCGUCUGCAUUUAAGCCCAUGGGUUUUAUAGAGUAUCUUGGAAAACCAUCUGUUUUUGAUCAUUCCCAUCUUAAACGCAAAGGUUCCGUGGACUUAUGGGUCUUGGAAGAUGCUGGAAAAUGGUCGAAGAAAUCCCUGGUUUUGCAGCCUUGUCAGAUGCAUUUAGUUGAUAAGAAAUUAUCAUUCACGGUUAAAGGUACUACUCAAAACGGCGAGAUUAUCUUGGCACCCGUAUUGUUGCAUUCCCCUUAUUACGUUUUGUAUUAUGAUCCCAAAAAGAAUGAUUUGAGAAAGGUUAGAAUCAGAGGAAUACCGAAACAAUGGUUUGGUAAGCUUGAUGACACCAACUUACUUUUUUAUUUCGAUCUUAUGGAUGAGAGUGAAAGUAUCCUGCACUUGGAAAUUUGAAAUUGCCAUGUCGACAUUUCUUACCUUCAAUACAUUGGGAACUAUUUAUUUUGUAAUUUUGUUUUAUUUAUGUUGAUUGUUUUUUUUUU